AUGGUUUUAAUUGUUUUCAUUAGAUAUGGUGCACCCGAUGUUUUCUCAAAACAAGUUGUUUCUCAGAAUGUCCAAGGUGUGGUUGUUUCACCGGAUGUUCAAGGUGUCGUUGUGAAGGCGGUAGAUGUUGGCAACGACUUUAAAAACAAGCAAGAGUUUGAAUCUCGUGAUCAUAUGCUUCAAUGGAUUUGUAUGGAGGCCUCUAAACUUGGAUUUGAUGUGGUUAUCGGAAGGUCCGAUAAUGGUUUGGAUAAAAGAUGCGCCUUUGAGACAAUGACUUGCGAAAGAAGCGGGAAAUAUAUAACUCCUCUCCGAAAUUUUAAAAAAGACGACAACGGUACAAGAAAAUGUGAUUGUGAGUUUAAGGUUCGUGGCUAUAUGUUGGCAAACAAAAAGUGGAGAUUUAAUGUGAUAUGUGGUUUGCAUAACCAUGAUUUGUGUUUAAAAUUAGCCGGUCAUCCUAGUGUCUGUCGGCUCAAGCCGAAAGAGAAGGAAUGUGUUGUUGACAUGACCUUGAAUCUUGUUCAAUCGAAAAAUAUACUUGCGACAUUGAAAUGA